GUUGCUAUUAUCGUCUAUCAGCUUGCUAGCCAUCUCCAGUCACGUCGGCUUUUUGGAUCAAAUUGAAACGCUCCCACCCAUGUCUGCUACCGUCCCCCGCAUCAUCUACGGUACGGCCUGGAAGAAGGAAGCCACGACCGACCUCGUUGUCAAGGCGGUCCUCAACGGCUUUCGAGCGAUCGAUACGGCAUGUCAACCCAAGCAUUACAGAGAGGACCUGGUCGGACAAGCCAUCUCGGAACUCGAAACGUCGCAUGGCAUCCCCCGUUCUUCGCUCUACGUCCAGACCAAGUUCACUCCGAUCGACGGACAAGACCUGACGCAACCGCUUCCCUACGAACCUCGGGCUAGUACUGAAGACAAGGUCGAUCAGAGCAUCGCUACGAGCUUGAAACAGUUGGGAGUGGAGUAUAUCGAUUGUCUCGUCAUGCACAGUCCGAUGCGGGACAAGAAACAAACCUUGAAAGCGUAUCGACAGCUGGAACAACAUCACGCUCGUGGAACCGUCAGAUCGCUAGGGAUCAGCAACAUCUACUCGGCGUCCACCUUGAAAUGGUUGAUCGGGGAGAGCAAGGUCAAGCUUUCCGUCGUCCAGAACAGAUGGCACAAGGGCAACCGUUGGGAUUGGGAAGUCUUCAAUGUCUGCCGCGAGAAUGGUAUCAUGUAUCAAUCGUUCUGGACGCUGUCUGGCAAUCCAUCACUGCUCGCGCACCCGCUGAUGAGACAGUUGGCUGAAAAGUACGGGAUUACCCGGGAACAAGCGUUGUUCAAACUGUGUUCGCAGAUCGGCAUCACUCCAUUGUCUGGCACGACCUCUGAGGAACACACGAAGCAAGACGUCGAGGCGAUCGCGAUGAAGGAUUUCGAAGCCGACGAAGUCGAGGCCGUUGUUAACCUGAUCCAGUGAGGAGGUCUCCUAAGCCCAUGCCCCUCGCCCCUGGCGCAGAUGUCCUUGUUAGGUCGAUGGUCGUUGACUCGCUUCUUCAUCUUGUUAUCCCGGUUGUACCUCUUGCGACUGCAUGAAUUCACUGUAUCCAAUCAUACCUGGCUCAUCCCGUAUCACUAGACAAUCGUCAACAUCGACGAGCG